AUGACGCCCAUGGCCACGGGAAUCGCUCGCAAAAGAAGAACACUUGCCACAAACGGAAGUAGUUUCCUGUCUCUGGUUAAACGCAAGAAGGCAAAUCUACGCGAACGGAACCGCAUGCACGGACUGAACGAUGCGCUCGAUCGGUUACGGAUGUGCGUUCCUCUUCCGGUGAGUUUACUAUCGCCCGCCAUAGUCCAUCAACCUUGCGAUGGAUCAGAACCAACGGCAUCUGUUCCUGUUCCAACAUCGGCGCAAAAGCUUUCCAAAAUCGACACACUUCGAUUGGCGCAAAACUACAUUUUCACUCUCCUGGAAGUCCUGCACAGUGGACGCCGUUUUACGUACGAUCGUCUAGUGGCGGUUCUGGCGUCUCGGUUGAGUCAGGGAACGGUCAAUUUACUGCGCACGAAACUGACCUUCGACCGUGAACUGCGCAACGGUUUGCUGCUUGAAGACAGCCUCGACGGAACGGCCUUCGUGGAAAGCUCUGCGACAGAAGCUCGUAGCGCCGUGCUGUGUAGUUUGUGUUCCGGCGGCACCAGCAGUUGGCUAAACGCUUCCGAACAGCAGCAGCAGCAGCUGCAACUGUUACGGCCACGAUCUGUAGGACAGUGGAAUUCGAACUACGGAUGCGCGUACUGCCGUUACGAGUACGGCGAAGACGACACUUCCUAUCACUGUUCCACGGCCGGCGAGCUGUGCGAAUACUAA